AUGACCGCACAAGUCGCAUCCAUGUCCGCCGUCGCGUCGCUAGGAGUCACCGUCAAAUCCGCCUCAACUUCCGCGUUAAGCGAAGGCUCUUCUUAUACCGAGGAUGCCGUUUCCACCCCGAUCACCGGCGGCAUUCCCGAGGGCUGGCCGGUGAACGCUCCCACGGAGCUGCCUUCGCAUUUGGCGGCGGAUGCGGCGGCGGCGGAUCCGGUGGUUCGGUUUACGGUGGCGGAGCAAGUAAAGAAAGGCGAGGACUUUCACAUGGCACUCGCUAACUAUCGGUGUUCGACGGGCACAGCGGCACUGCAGCAGCCAGCCAUGCAUCGCAAGAAGGAGGUGCUGGGGUUCAUGUUCGACGGGCACAACGGCACGGCGGCGGCCAUGCACUGCAAGAAGGAGCUGCUGGGGUUCGUAUUCGACGGGCAAAACGGCACAGCCGCCGCCAUGCACUGCAAGAAGGAGCUGCUGGGGUUUGUGAGCGAGUACCCUCCGCUCAUUCCCCCUAUUCCGCUCACCUCCUCCGCACGCCCUUCCCCCCACCUCUCCCCCCACCUUCGGCUCCUUCCUCUCCCCACCCCCUUAGGUGUUCGACGGGCACAACGGCACAGCCGCCGCCAUGCACUGCAAGAAGGAGCUGCUGGAGUUCGUGAGCGAGUACCUGCCGGGGGGGGGCGUCGUACCGAGAGGACGCGGGGGAGAAGGGCGAGGAGGCCGAGGUCACGAGUCAACUGCGCGACGGGGAAGGCGCGGCUGUGCUGGAAAGUGGCGGCGGAGGCGGGGGAGGGAGGGAUGCGUGGUUGA